AUGUCGCUAGUGUUGCCGUUUGAUGAGAAAGGCUGGUUUGCUGGGUAUUUUUGUCGGUGGAGAGGGCUAUCUGGUUUGUCGGUGGUCUUGGGUAGGCUGAGUUUGAUGGUGUAUGGUGGAUGGGCAAUCGGUUUUAGUAUGCUAGUCAGUGUAUGUGUUAUGGGUAGAAUGUUGUUCGCUGGUUUGAUGUGUUUAGGUGCUGCUAAGGCUGGACUGCUAAAGGUGCUUGGGUGGUGUUGUGAUCAGUCGGUGAUCUGGUUCUUGAUGUCAUUGGAAAGCUGGUUUGCUGGGAUAGGCGUUGGGGGCUUGGGUAGGCCUGAUGUCGCUAGUGUUGCCGUUUGA